AUGAUGACAACUUAUUCAUCAACCUACAGAUCUCCAGGAGCUUCCUAUCAGCCAACAAACCCAGGAGAUGAAUAUUCUCCUCGCGGCAACAGUGUGCAAAAUUACUCUUGCAAAGAAGAGUCAAAUCAUCGCUAUCGGCCCUAUAUGGAAGAUGGUCAUAAAAUAAUAGAUUCCUAUUUAGGUGACCCAAAUCAAGGAUUUUUUGCAAUAUAUGAUGGCCAUGGAGGCUCUGAAGCCGUUGAUUACUGCAAAAACCGACUUCAUGAAGAAUUGAGAAAAGCACUUCAUGAGUUUUCAGAUGACGUCUCAAUGGCUUUCAGCCGGUGCUUUAAAAAAGUUGAUGAUCAGCUUAGACUUGCUGGUGCUGCCACCUCAGGAUCUACAGCAACAAUAGCAUUAAUCAGAAAAGAAAGUCACCAACGCGUUCUUUAUGUCGCAAAUGUGGGAGACUCCAAGGCCGUUCUUGUAAAAUCUUCAGGAUUUGAACAGCUUAGUUAUGAUCACAAAGGAACAGACGCAAGUGAAAUAGAUAGGAUUGUGUCAAGUGGAGGAUAUUUAAUUAGAGGAAGAGUUGCUGGACAGUUAGCAGUGACUAGGGAAUUGGGAUAAUUUAAAAUGGCCUACCCUCUUAAAAUCUGCAGCCGGAGGAAGCUUGGGACAUAUAGGAAGAGAGGAUAGCGUUCGGAAAUGUGUCUUGGCCAGGCUUUUCUUGUUUGUUGGAGUGCAAUUUUGGGUUUUCAAAACCGCAUGCUCACAUCUAGAUAGGCUUUCGCCUUGUCGAAAGACGAUUCAUCGGAGUUUGAAGGUAUGCUAGGCAGGGCCAGGGAUUAGAACUCUCAGCUAAUUGGACAAUUCACUAGCGCGAUAGCAGGGCGUUGCGUUCAGACUUCCAUUUCGGUUGACAAUCUGACGGACGUAUUCGUUUCGAAUUUUCCAAAGACAGCCCUGCUAAUGCGCGGCAAGGUAACUCCGCGAGUGCAGGCUCUGUUCCGUGAGGAGCAACACUAUGGAAGGGCGUAUACGGGCUGGCAAGCAAGCGAUGGAGCGAUAUAGAUGCAGGUAGUGGGUUGAAAAUGGCCUGCAGAAGGCUUUGUUAUAAAAUUAAUGACUAGGGCAUUAGGAGAUCAUCAUCUAAAAACAAGUGGGGUUUCAAGCGAACCUUACGUGUCAAGAAGGGUUAUUACACCAAACGAGCAGUUUUUAGUGCUUGCUUCAGAUGGGCUGUGGGAUGUGGUUAAUGAAAGAGAGCUAGAAGGACUAAAAGGGAGAAAUAGCAUGGAAAUAGGAAAUAGAUUGAUGGAAAGAGCAAUCAAUGGUGGGUCUCAAGACAAUAUCUGUAUUCUUACAAUAUGUUUCUAG